UUGAAUCUCUUUAAAAAUAAUUCUGGAAGACGGAAAUUUCCGAAAUGUGUAGACAUCCACUAUAUUGUUAUAUUGAGUGUCAUUACCGCAAUACGAGCGACCUCUAACAGGAAAGAAUCGCAAAUCAUCGAUUGACAGUUCAGAAUCUCAAGCGAUUUGAUUUCUUGGAACGAUCGAUCGAUCGAUCGACUGCACUUUGUCAACUUUUGUAUUGAUCUCCUGUGUGGAAAUUUCUAUUUUCGUUAAUCUGGGAGAAGUCAUAGCUCUUUACUUCUACUUCGCUAAAAGUUGAAAACUGCGUUUGUUCUUUCGUGCGAUCUACGAGACUUUUGUGCUUUCGGAAGGAUAACGCGGGAAGAAAGCCCUAAUUGGUUUCGAAACAUUUGGUCUAUAUUAAGUACGAUGCCUGCUUCCACUGUUUCUUGUUGAUGGAAAACACGCUCCUUUCUGCAACCUUAUUUUCAACCUUACAUUGAUUGAAGAUUACUAUGGUUCACCAGCAAAGUGGACUUUUGUUGUGUCUCCUUUGUUGGAUCGCGGUGAAAGCAGAAAACCCUCCAACCAUUUCCAGUGUGACAAAAACUCCUGUGAGCUUUUAUGAAGGGGGCAGGGUGACACUUCAUUGUUCAGCUACAGGCAACACACCCCUUACCUACCAGUGGUUUGCAACAGAUUUUGAGGGUAAUGCCAAGGAUGUUUCAUCAGGUAGACACAGUCAGCAACCAAGCACAGGUCAGCUUGUUAUAAACAGUCUGAAUCAUACUCUAGAUGAUGGCUAUUACUAUUGUGUAGCAAGGAAUCCAGCUGGAAGAACAAGAUCAACAAGAUUAAAAAUCCAAGUUUCAUUUCUAGAAAAAACACCAAAUGUUGAUACCAGUGUAAGUCUCGGAGUACUGCAGGGGGGUGAAUUCACCUAUGAAUACCCUGUUAUAAAAAGUUUUCCAAAGCCUACAAUUACGUGGACUAAAAGUGGCAGCUCUAUGUCUGAGACACAACGCAUCAGUUUUUCUACUGAAGGAAACAUUUAUAUUGGAAAUGUGGAAGUAAAUGAUGUAGGUAACUACUACUCAAGGGUUGAGAAUGGAGGCCAGUCAUUUAGUAGAGGUCCGCUAACAGUGAGUGUGACAGCAAGGGGAAACAUACCUGAUACACCAUAUAUCAUUCUUGGCCCCACAAAUCAGAGAGCUACAGCAGGAAAGACAAACAGUGUUACAUUUGAGUGCUUUGCAAGUGGAAGUCCUAUGCCCUCGAUAUCCUGGAGAAAGGCAGGGCAAGUGAUUUCUCAGAGUGCAAAAUUUUCUUUUGACACGUUCAAGAAGAGACUCACUGUUCACAAUCCAGCUGUAUCUGAUGAAGGAGUCUACGAAUGUCGAGUAACUAACAGCAAAAAUGUCUUUAAAACCAAGAGUGCAAACUUGACAAUAAUUGUUAUGCCAACGUUUACAGUCACCCCAACGAUGGCGGAUAAGUAUCCUCAAGAAUCAGUGACUUUUAAAUGCAGUGCGACUGGCACUCCAACGCCAGAGAUUACUUGGUUUCACAAUGGUCAAAAAGUUCCACCUUCGACCACAGGAAGGAUCCAGAUAAACAGUAAAAAUGACCUGACAUUUAUAAGUCUUCAAUCGGGCGACAAAGGAAGUGUUCAGUGCGCGGCAACCAACGAUGCUGGCGAGAUACUGAGCAAAGCUUUGUUGCGUGUAAAAGAAUUACCUGUAUGGAUAGAUGUUCCACCAAAGAACACAGACGCUGUGGUUAAUGACACAGUGGAGUUAGAAUGUGUGGGCCGUGGAAAUCCAUCGCCAACAAUAACCUGGCAGAAAAAUGACCAAAACAUCAACUUCGCCAAUAAUCCUCGAUACUUUCAGAAGUCUUCUGGUUCACUGCAGAUUAGCAGAAGUCAGAAGAGUGACAGUGGAAAAUACACGUGUAUAGCAACCAACAGCAUAGGCUCCAAGAGGGCAAACGCUUCUCUUAGAGUGUUAAUCAAAACUGUGAUCGUCAAUCCGUUACCAAGUCAAAUAGACGCUAUCAAAGGAAUUGAUAAACUUCUUCCGUGUGGGGUCCAAAAAGACCCGGAUAUAUCAGUCAAGUGGAUUUGGACCAAAGAUGGAUCUGCAGUCGAUGUAUCCCGGAUGAAGGUUCAAAGUGAUGGAACACUACGCAUACUCACUGUGCAGCAGGGGGAUGCUGGGUCGUACACGUGUUUGGUACAGUCUGAGGCGGGAAACGCCAGCACUACAGGACAGUUGAGCGUUCUCGAAAUACCGCUCGCACCCACUACCCCAGUGGUAAGUGACAUCAAGACGACUUCAGUUCGCUUAUCGUGGUUUCCACCGGAUUAUAGUGGUAACAGCCCCAUCACAUCUUACAAAAUCGAAGCCAAGAAGGGCUCCAACAACUGGCAACUUGCCAGGGAUGACAUCAAUCCUUCUGAUAGACAGAUGUCAGUCAUUGUCCGUAAUCUUUCGCCGCAUACUCAGUACCAAUUCCGCGUGAGAGCUGUCAAUCAAGUCGGAGAUGGUGCACCCAGUGGCGCGUCCGGAGUGAUAAGGACACUGAUAUCAGCGCCGUCUGCAGCUCCACAAAGCGUCAGUGGAGCUCCAACAAGCGCUGAUUCUAUACUCGUGCAGUGGCAAAUUCCUCCUCCUGAAACACACAAUGGUCCGUUGCGUGGUUUCAAAAUCGCUUACCGUCUGGCUGGCGUUUCAGCGAGUACCUUCAUUAUAAGAAAGAUUGCAAUUUCAUCUGCUACUCAGGGCAGCAUCGACGGACUUCUGCAGUGGACUGCGUACGAGAUUAAAGUGCGGGCUUACAAUGACGCAGGAGACGGGGUGUACAGUCAACCAAUCACAGUCACCACAGCAGAAGGGCUACCAACAGCUCCACCACAGGAAGUGAAAGUGAUUAACAUUACCACAGUCAGUGUAUAUUUAGAAUGGAAACCUCCACCUCAAAAGCAACAAAAUGGAAGAAUAAAAGGAUACAAGCUCCAAGCGUGGAAGGGAAGCACACCCAGCAAUAUCUACCAGCGGGUAGCUGAUCAUGACGACACGGCAGCUAUUCAGAAGGGAAUCCUGGGCGGACUGGAAAAAUUCACUCAGUACACUAUAGCUAUAGUAGCCUACAAUGGCGCAGGAGACAGUCCGAGGUCUGAUACUAAACUUAUCAAGACCGAGGAAGGAGUUCCAGACGCGCCUCGGUCGUUCACAAUAUCCGAGGUCUACGCGGACGCUUUGAGAGUGAGCUGGGACCCACCUCUACGACUGAAUGGUAUUCUUACUGCGUAUUUGGUAAAACACUGGCGAAAUGACUCACUCCCAAGCAGCGGUCAAACGACGCGUCUCUCAAACGUCACCUUAUCACACACAGUGACAGGAUUAGGAGCCAAUACUGCGUAUGUUGUCGAGGUGUCCGCUGAGACCCGAGUGGGGGCUAGCACGAGUAAGAGACUGGUGGCGAAAACUACGGAAUCUCCCGUCAAACCUGGUGCACCACAAAACCUAAAGGUCAUAGAAGUGAGGGCCCGUUCGGUGGUAUUAGAUUUUACCCCUGGAUCAUCUGGUAGAGCCCCUAUACUGACCUACAUCAUACAGUACAACAACGACACCUACUAUGACCCAGCGUCGUCAAGCUGGAAGACACUGAUGAUUGUUCGUGACGCUCAUCUCGUAUGGAAUUUGCUUCCUCUUGAGCUACCGCAUCUGAAACCGUACAGAGACUACAGAUUCCGAGUCACUGCCACGAACAAAGUGGGAAGCAGCAGCCCCAGUGCCCCAACGGAUACAAUCAGAACGCAGGAAACUGCACCCUCCCUUCCCCCAAGCAAUUUGACUUUGCUUCCACUCGGGAAGGAUGGACUGGAACUAAGAUGGAAGAUUCCACCCCAAGACACUUGGAAUAGCGACUUUAUAGGAUUCAUACUGCGAUUUGAGCCGGAAGGAGUUCCCAGUUUCGCAUUUGAAAAUAAAUUUCCAAGCAGUCAAUUAAACUACUACAGAGCGGGAGGCCUUUUGAGACACAAACGUUAUAAGGUCUCCGUAAGGUCCUACAAUCUAAAUGGUAAAGGAGCUAGCAAUGGCAGUGCGGUGGCUUGGGCUUGGACGCAAGAAGAUGCUCCGUCCUCAGCGCCAACUAGUCUUAAGCCAGAAGUAACAGGUGCCACAUCUGUUACGCUCAGAUGGGAACCUGUACCGUAUGUGGGACAAAAUGGUGUAAUUCUUGGUUACAAGAUAUACUACCGUAUUUUUGGGAAGCAAAACACGGAGAAAGAGAAGGAACUCUUCAAUGGUCUCGUGUACUCUACCUCCCUGACGGGACUGGAGAGCUUUGUCACUUAUGAAUUCCAAAUCCUUGCGUACACAAGAAUUGGAAAUGGACCAAAAAGCGCUGCAGUUAGAGCCACCACUCGAUCAUCCAGUCCAGGUCCCCCUUCUCGUGUCCGUUUUACAUCCGUCAGUCGAGAGACCGUGACGAUAGCGUGGGACCCACCAGUGUACCCGCGCGGCGUCAUCCAAGGAUACAAGGCAGCAUGUCGUCUAAAUACGUCAUCUGCGUCUGACCCCUAUGUGUGGCAAAGCACCAUGGGAAGAAACGAUCUCAGGAGGACUGCUGGCCCUUUGAAUCCCCAGUCGUUUUAUCGCUUUUACCUUUGGGCUUUGACUAACACAAGUCAAAGCGAAUAUCCAGCGGAAGCAGUUGUUUAUACUGGUGGUUCAACAGAACCUCCUGAUGCACCAUACAUUUUGCCGGUCUAUUUCUCGGACAUCGGUGAACGAUGGAUAAUCGUUAAGUGGCAAGCCACAUCAGAUGCAAAGAGCCCCUUGAGGUACUUUACCCUGCAGCUGAACAAGAAUGACGAGGGCUGGCAGGUGUACUCGGCAAACGUUCUCCACGAUUUCCGGAGCCUUAAAGUGGAGGGACUUUUUCCUGGGGAGUCAUACACGUUCAGAAUUAUGGCCACAAACGACAAGGGAAACAGUCCGUACAGUGCGGCGUCCUCUUCUGUUACAACUCGUCUUGCGUUGCCGACUGGGGCUCCACGCAAUAUCACAGUGACGUCAUAUCCCACGUCACUUGACAUUAAAUGGGCGGCUCCACUUCCACAAGAGCUGGGUGGAACUCUACAGGGGUUCAUUUUAAAACACAGAGAAAAGAGUGCCGCUAGCAGUGUGUUUAGCGAGGUUUCCUUGGACGCCAACUCUCGUAACCAUAAAUUAGAACGCUUGAAAGUUUUCACGGUCUACGAGAUCAAAGUGGCGGCUGUCAACGAGAAGGGACCUGGGCCCUAUUCCCCUCUUUACAGAGUUACAACCGGAGAGAAACCUCCUUCGGAAGCUCCUAAGGAUUUAACAAAGGGGACAGUGACAAGAACAUCUAUUGGAGUCAGGUGGAUCGCACCCUCUUCAGCUUCCUUCAAUGGACAUCUUAUGGGAUACAAGGUUUAUGCGCAAGACCUCUCUCUGACUCAAGGACGCCGCAGGAGGAGACGAUCUUUGGAGGCUGGAGUAUGUCCGCGAGAACCUGGACCCAAGCUGCUGUUCGUCCCUCCUCACCUGAACAACGUCAACAUCACUAACCUUCGGAAAUAUGUUAAGUAUAGAAUCUGGGUGCGAGCGUAUAAUUCCAAAGGAGAGAGUCCGCCAAGUACGUCGCUGGAGGUUACAACACAUGAGGACAGACCCGAGCCCCCAGCCGUUUUCCGUGCCGACGCGGUCUAUAAUGCCCGCGUAGACCUGUACUGGAAACCACCUUGUGAACCGAAUGGAGAAAUUCUUGAGUACGAGAUCAGCUAUGGCAGGACAGCGGAAUUGACCCCCAACAGCGACCGGGAGAAGAUAGUUGUUGACGGAAAAAGAGAAACGAUGAAAGUAACCGGACUGGCGAUGUUGACGAGUUACUCAUUUCAGCUCCGUGCGAGAAAUCCCAUGGGUUACGGACCGCCAAAUGAGUUUCUUGCAAAAACAAAGGGGCCUGCUGAACCUCCGGGGCAACCUGGGAAACCUGUGGUACAUCCGGGCUCUAUUACUGCUGUUAUAAUGUGGGUGAAUGGGGACAGUGGUAAUGUUCCUUUCGAGAAGUUUGAGAUCCAGUCACAGACGGAUGGAUCAGAAUCUUUUGUUACCAAUUGGGAAGCGAAUCCAGACGAUACAAGAAAGAACCGAUCGUACGUGUCCUACACAGUUGGAAAUCUGGAGCCAAACACUGGAUACAGGUUUAGAAUAAUCGCAUGGAACGAGAAGGGCAAAUCAAAGCCAUCUGAACCUUCAGACAGAGUUAUUACUGGUCCGGCUGACAGCGAUCUUCAGAGCGGAAUCAUUUACAAACAGUGGUGGUUUAUUCUGUUAAUGGUGCUGUUUUUUAUUAUUCUCGUUUUGUUGAUCGCUGGUUUCGCAUACCUCUGCUAUCGGCGCAGAAAGGAAGACGCAGAUCAAGGUUCGUCUGCUGGGGCCUCUACAACACAGAGCACACUUGAAAGGAUGAGGAACCCCUCGCGAAACGGAACCAUUAGAAGUGGAACUCUUCCAAGCGUUCAAAUUACUUAUCGGGACGCUAAUCGUGAGCCGGAGGAAGAUGCGAGUAGCUUGGGCUCUAAAGAAGAGCCGUCGGACAGUGACAGCGGAGUGUCCGAGAUGACGUACAAAAGAAAACAGGCAGAUAUUAAUUUCAUAGGCCACUACUCCAACAAUCCUAACCACCAGCAAUGGAAAAACUCACUUGGCCGAACAAGGCCGGCAAAUGGCCGAAACUUAAUCGAGCACACAACGGAAGAAUCCGACACACCCGAGGAAGUUCCGAUCUCUAGAGCUCUCAAGUCCUUCUCUGCAAUGUCUCUACCGAGGGACAAACGAGAUGGGCCUCCAGCAUACGAUAAUCGCAGAUUCAUGGCCAAAUCUGCUGACCAGUUAGACCGAAUUGAAAGGUCUCAACUACCUCCCGAGGCUGUGACGUCAUUCAUGUCACCGGACUACGAGCAGAAACAAAAGAGACCAGCUUAUCGGGAUCGUAAAGAGCCCUAUUCGCGUUCGCGGGCCACGCGACCUGCGGGCUCAUUGAGAAGAUCACGCGAUCAAAUGGACUAUAACGAUGAUAGCAGUACACCACCUCGGUCACCUACACGUCCAAAUACUGGGAUAGGUUACCUGCCGAAGACGGAAAUUCAGAACCGAAACAGAAGAGAUCCAAGGUCGAAUAGUUUCCGAAGAGCCCUCGACUUUGACCCAAAUCCUCGGGAUUCCGACGGUAGCUCGAAAUAUUCCGAUCGGGCGUCGUCUAGUAGCAACGACCACCGAGAUACAAGGACAAAUGCGAAUUCAAUGGGUCGGCCCAGAAUUCAAUAUGACGAAGAACCUGGUCGUAGAAGGCGGCAACCACAACAGUUGCCCAGCCUUCAAAUGAAAUCUGCUAAUAAACCGCCGCGGUAUCACACCCCGCCUUCUCCGUUAUCUCCAGUAUCUCCAGCACCCUCCUACCACACUGUAGACCCAGUGUUCGGAGGCAGAAUAUCUCCAGUACCGUCUUACCACGGUUCUAGUCGAGACGGUAACAGCGAUCACUCGGACGGCGGAAGGAUUCCUCCCCCUGUUUUAUACAUGGACAGAACUGGUCACAACAACGAGAAUUUUGACUCAAGUGAACCCCACAUUUCAACAUACUCCUCGUUCGUCUAGCUUCUUGUCACAUCUACCAUUAAUUUAUAGUCAGGUCCUCUAGUGAGUGACGGGCACACGUUUUUGAAGGUCUUAACCAAAUCUCUCUAUCAUUAAAUGUCUUCCAAGAUCUUCAACCAUACCAUUGAUUGAGAGGUAAUGUAUAUUCUCUCUAAGGGAGAUUAAACCUCACGCAUCCCGAAACAGACGUUUGUUAAAUAGUAUACAGUUAUACCUACAGGCAAAAGCUGUUAUAGGGAGACAGUUUUAAGUUUAUUUUGGCCUUUUUUGGCCCUAUUUUUGUACGGUAACAGUUUUAUAUCCCUAUUGUAAAUUCAUUUUUGUGCGUGUAAAAAGCAGAUGUGUAAAUCGUUCAUCUCUUAACAGUAUUUUUAUAUAACAUAUGUGGUAAUUACAAUGUUGUAAAUGAGGUAUUUUUUUACAUAUCCAUAUAUCAACAACUCAUUUUUAUGUAAAUAUCUCAGCGGAGUGAGCUGAACGACUCAACUGUUCAUCCUCAACUACAUGUUGUAGUUGCUGUUCUAGGUUAGAUAGAGCAGAGCAGUGAUGACUUUGUACAAUAGUGAAACAAAGAUUCUUUAGCAAAAUUUACUUUUCGAGUUAAGGAAAAUUAAAUCAACAUUUGAUUGAGCGGAAGGUUAAGACUAAAGCGAACAGAGGAAUUUAGUCAUUGAUUUGUUUACAUGGAUUCAUUGUAAAAGUGUCAUAGCGCUUUAGUGAGUCUGAGAUUAGAGAAAAAUUAUAAACAUCAUUCUUCAACCUACUUUUUAUUUUUACAGUUUAUGUCAUUUUAACCACACUUAAAUGCUGUAGUAUAUUUAGGAUCAAUCAAAAGUUACAAAAUUAUGUGUAUUGGAUGUUAUUUGGGUGGCAAGUCAGUAAACAAGAAAAUCAGGAAAAAAUAGCUGAUCAAAUUUGUUUUGGCUGUAGUAUUUUCUUCGAGAGAAAGUACAUUUUCAAUUUAGCCUUCAAGGCUUUUACCAUGCUGGUCAAGAAUGAAGAUGGAAAGGUAAACAUUUUUAGCUCUCCUCUAGUUCUGUAGUUUGAUCUCUGAUGAUCACGGGAUCGUAAAUAGAUAUGCUGUUGAUUUAGUCUUGAUGCGAUGCGUUGAAUGAUUUUUCUAAUACUUAGGUGAUAUUUAUAGAAUAGCUUUCAGAAUCACGAUUGUUGCAAUUGUAGAAAAGAUUACAUAAGACGCUGUAAACGAAUUGCGAGCAGGUAGUACCUUUGAAUAUAGAAUGAAAACGUUUUGAAAAU